GCAUUGUUAUCAAUUUAACAUUAUCAUCGACGUCGCCGCCAACGGAUCGUCAUCGGUAGAAUCACGUCAUUGUGCGCGCGCGCGACAACAACAGUCAACAACACUGCCGCGAGUCCGCGACCGCACCGAGCGGCGAUCACCGAUGUCCAACUGUCCGAGUGUUCAACCUCAAACACGGUGAACAUUAUUACACUGAACUAAAGAAGUCUGAAACUCUGAACGCUGUCAGUCCGCAGUCGUAGUUCGUAGACGGUAGGUAGACCACGGCACCGUACCGUCCGUACUAUAGUACGAACUACACGGUUAAUCGUUAACCGUUCGUCGCCCGCGCACCUUUGAGCUUACACCACGGUCCUCCCCUCCCGCCGACGCUCACAGCCAGUGCUGUCUACGCAAUCUACGGGCAAGAUUUCGUCAGCUGUUAUCGUUACUCGUUAGCGGAAUCCGCGGUUUCCGGCGCCGUAUCCAUCGCGAGCAUCGACCGCUCGCCUUCUCACCGUUUUCCCACCGUGUCGGUUGUUCUUUCGUCGCGAAAACGGAGGUCCCAAACAACAACGAUGACGGCCACGGCGGGACGGCGGCGCGACAAACUGCCAACGGAACAACGGCACCGAUCGCGGACGACGGCCCCGUGCGGCCGCCGGACGCGACUGAAACACAACGAGACCCUUCGGCGGAGGCGGCAGAAAUUGAAAUGGAUCAUGUAAUAUCAAACGCCAAUACAGUUUAUGGGUUGGACCAUGUGACAAAUAUCAUGAAAUUUCAUAGCACAUACCUCAAGACUUUUCUGAGUCUUCAAGAAUUUAUAAUUUAUGGAGAAGGUCCAUUGCCUAUUCAAUAUCGGCACUAUAUCGCAAUUAUGGCAGCUGGUCGGCACAAGUGCACUUAUCUAAUAAAUUUUCAUAAAAAACAAUUUUUGGAACAUAAUGGUGACCCUAAUUGGUUAAUUGGUCUCACACAUGUGCCUCGUAAACUUCGUAAUUUAUAUGAAAUCAACAAGAUUUUAGCACAUCGACCUUGGCUAGUAACAAAAGAAGAUAUCAAAAAAGUCGUCAAAGGUCCAAACUCGUGGUCAAUGUCAGAUUUAGGACAUGCCAUCAUACUACUUGUUCAUUUUCAUAGUUUGUGUAGUUUUGUGUAUGCUUGCAACUUAAAUGAUGAAAUACCACGAGCUGUAAAAGUAACUGGUGUUUAUUUUAGACGUAGAAGCAAACCAUGCUUAAGAGGCUAUGCUGACGAAAGUGUUAUAUCUGAUGACGAAGGUCUUGAACCAAUUGUAGAACGAAUGAAAAAACUAAGUGAGCCAGCUUCAGAACAAGAACGUAUUCAGCGAUAUGAACUGGUUCAGAGCCAAUUGUGUGAUAGUGAUACUUCUGCUGAUAAUGGUUUGGAUCCAGAUGUAAAGCCUUUUAUUGAAGAUUCUGGAUAUUCUUACUUAGAUUGCUCACGUCGACAAUUUGCUCAACAAUCUUCAUUUAUUUUGCAGGAAUUUUCUUGGGAUCAUCAUGGUUAUUCGUUAAUUAACCGUUUAUUUAAUGACAUUGGAUUAUUAUUGGAUAAAAAAUUCAAGACUGCUUAUAACAUGACAUAUUAUACAAUGGGUGGUCGCCCUCACAUUGAUACUUCACGAUUCCGUAGAGCAAUUUGGAAUUAUAUUUAUUGUAUUUACGGAAUGAGAAAUGAUGAUUAUGAUUAUGAAGAUGUUACACAGUUGCUUCAAAGUCAAUUGAGAGUAUUUAUCAAGACUGCUACUUGUUACCCAGAACGUUUGAACAAAACAACCACCGAAAAUGCACUUAAACAUUUUGAUUUAAGUGAAAAGAUUCACAUAAAUUUAAUGAUUAUGGAAGCACGAAUGCAGGCUGAACUUUUAUUUGCAUUGCGCGCGGUCAUGAAUUACAUGUUAUGAAAUGCAGUAACCAUUUAUAUAUAUUUUUUAUAACAUGUUAUACAAAUUUUUUUUGUUAUAAUUUUUCAGAUGUAUACAAUUUUGGUUAUACGAUUUAUACUUGAAGAGAAACCAUGUUCUCAUAUUUUUCUUUGCUUAACUUUUGUAUUACCUUAAUUUAAUCUAUUUAUUUCAACUCACAAUAUUUGCAGAAAUUUUCUAAAUGAUCAUUGUUUUUACAAAUUUGUAUUUUAUAUUAACUGAAUAUUUUAUAGUUAUAUUUUAAUGUGAUACUUUAAUUUUAUACCGAUAUUAUACCAUUUACAAAAAAUAUAUAUUAACUAGUAUUGGA